UGCCAGCCAUGGAAGAUGCAUUUUGCAAUGAUUCCCGGAAGAAGGCUGCAGUAUCACUUGCAAAGCUACUGGUUGGAAUUAGUAGAAAUAGACCUCCUACAGUUUCAUCAGGGAAUUCCAGCCAUGAAGAUUCUGGAGUGAUGCACAAGAAGUGCAAUUCACCAGGAAAGUCUUCUUCAUCCAUCAGUGUAUGGUGCAAACUGUCCAAGAAGAAGCAUAAGAACUGGGAAGGGGAUGCAUUUGUCAUUGUUAGUGGGUCAACUGUCAUCCUCAAGGACGAAGAAGGAAAGGAGAUAGGCCGCAGUCUUGGCUAUCAGCUGAGCAAGUUGCAAUCCCUUAUGGAAGGGGAUCAUCUAGUUGUUGGUGCCAAGGAAAUUGAGAUCCUGGAGAGGUUAGACAAGGAGCCAAAUUAUAACAGCAGUGAAGUAGAUACUGUGGACAGGAAAACAGUUGAACUUGAGGUGAACAGGCCAUUUAGGCCUCCUGUGCGAGGUGGGACACAUCAGAGAGGUAUUCGACGUCCCCCAAAACGAUCUGCUCCCAUUGAUGAAAACUCCUUUGUUCUACCACGUCCCAAUGAGUCCCAUCAACUAGAGCACAAUCAAUGUGGGGAUGUGGUUACGGAUGUUGUCAUGGAUUCAUUCCUUACCCACAAACUUCGCCCUCAUCAGAGGGAAGGGGUGACUUUCCUCUAUGAAUGCAUUCUGGGAAUGCAGGGCCCUGGUUUUGGUGCCAUCCUGGCUGAUGAAAUGGGACUUGGCAAGACCCUCCAAUGCAUUGCUCUCAUUUGGACAUUACUGAAGCAAGGUCCAUAUAGUGGGAGGCCACUGCUGAAGAAGGUCCUCAUUGUCACCCCAAGCAGCCUGGUCAAAAAUUGGGUCCAAGAAUUCCACAAGUGGCUUGGCUCCUUUCGUCUGUCAAUCUUUACCCCUGAUCAGAAAGAGAAGCCAAAGGACUUUGUCCAUUGGCCACAGUGCCCAGUGAUGAUUCUGUCCUAUGAGAUGCUCUGUAGGGCCAUCCAGGAUGUUACAGCAUUCAAGUUUGACCUCAUUGUCUGUGAUGAAGGUCAUCGCCUCAAAAACAGCAGCAUCAAGACCACUCAUUUGCUAUCCAGUCUAGAAUGUAAAAGGAGGAUAGUGUUGACAGGCACUCCCAUUCAAAAUGAUCUCCAGGAACUCUAUUCCAUUGUGGAGUUCGUCAAUCCUGGUAUCCUUGGAAGUACGCGCAACUUAGAGGAUUCUCAAAGUGCUGAUGAAACUAUCAGUUUCGUCAUGCCAUUGUCCAAUGAAGAUCGUCGGUCGGCUGUGAUCAGUUUGCACGAAGCUGGGAAGUCUCCCACCGAGAUUUUCCGACUGCUCCAGAACAAUGGCUACAACCGGAACUUCAUCAAACGUACAAUUCAGCGGUUCCUUGAGACAAACUCUACAGAAGAUCGUCAUCGAUCAGGUCGACCGAAGCUUGAAGAUACAAUCAAUGCAGCUCUUCCUCCUCCCCCAAGUUCAUUAGAAUAUAAAAGUACUUGGUUACCUGGCACAGACUUCCAUCAGGCGAUUGAGGUUCCCAUUGAGCGUGGACGAGAACCUUAUGCAACAGAGGAGGAAAAGGAAAGCAGUGAGGAGGCAUCAAACAUCCUCAAUGGCAUUGUGAGUCGAUUCACACUCCGCCGAGGUUCUGGCCUCAUUCAAUCCCAUCUCCCUCCCAAGACAGAAAUCAUAGUCUUCUGUCGACCUUCCUCCCUCCAGGUCAAUUUUCCACUCAUUUUUUAUCUGUUGUUUUCAAGGCCAGCAUCCAUGUUUUUUUUAUUGCAUAUCCUGCUUUCUCAGUUGAAGUUAUAUAUGGAGUUGAUCUCAAGAGAGAACAUUGGAGCUGCAGAGACACUCAGCACAAUUCAGGCACUCCAGCUGCUCUGCAAUCACCCCUCUCUUCUCUAUCAACAGGAGAAGGCAUUUGGACUGAGGCCCCCAAAGGGUUUGGCAUUGACAUCAGUGCAUGGAAGCGGGAAGAUGAGUGUGUUGUCAAAGCUCCUGGCAUCCCUAGCAGGAGAAGGAAAAGGGGAGCGGGUGGUCCUUGUUUCCAAUUCCAUUCCCACUCUGGAUCUCCUUCAGGCUCACUGCUCUGCCUCUGGGUAUUCCUUCGUCCGCCUUGAUGGGACCACUCCACCCCCCCAGCGCCUUGACAUUGUUCGCCGUUUCAACUCACCUCUCUCCAACACAUUUGUGUUCCUGUUGAGCUGCAAAGCAGGUGGAGUGGGUCUGAACCUAACUGGUUCUUCCCGGCUCAUCAUGUUUGAUGUUGACUGGAAUCCAGCCAAUGAUGCCCAGGCCAUGGCUCGAAUCUGGAGGGAUGGCCAAUCAAAGCCAGUCUUCAUAUACAGGCUAGUUGCAUCCUUGCUUCUGACAACAGGGACAAUUGAGGAGAAGAUCUUCCAGCGUCAGACCCACAAAUUUGGCCUCAAUGGGCUCCUUGACUGCCAGACUCCCUCAGCAUGUCAUUUCACUGCUGAAGAGCUUAAGGACCUGUUUGCGCUAGAAGAAGAAAGUGAUUGCCUCACGCACAAUGGUCUGCAAUGUAUGUGUCUGUGUGAUGGAUCUCAGCAAGAAGAGACCUAUGAGUCCAAGACGGAAGAAGUGGGUCAUCCUCCGAGAGAGCAGGGGCAAGGUCAAGGAGGUCAUCUUCCCAUUCCCAGGGACCUCUUGCAAUGGAGGCAUUUCGACCAGAAUCAUCUCGACCUUCUCCCUGGACCCCAUCUCCUGUCUCCUGCUUUUCCUGGCAUCUCUUUUGCCUUUCUAGCUCAGUCUCACAUUGUGUGAUCUUCUAUCCCAGCUCAUUCUGUGAUCAAAGCAGAAUCCCUGCCAAGUUUUUCUUCUUGUGAUGACCCAUAGCACCAAGCUUUUCCCACACAUUUGCAGUGCCAUCAUGGUCCGUGAGUGACGUUAUGGACAAAUUUAUGGACCAUGUUGAUGCAGCCACGUCCUAGAGUGACCAGUGAGCAGAACUGUAUCCAAAUCCAAAUUUUUUCAAGUAGUUUCCAAUAAAAUGACCUUUAUUCUUACUAUAAGAGUCGGC